AAGAUGUAGGAGCAACUCAACAGAAGCUACACAGCCAUACACGUUAUACGUAUACGCUUGAUGUGAUACCAUACAUCUACAAGUACUACAUAUCUACUUACACGCAAACGUGAGAGUUAGAAUUUGUGCAAGGUGUAAAUGUAUCUGAGGAACGAAGAAAAGAGAAAGCAUUACAGAUAACAUCGGGUCACAUAGGAAGAAGAUGACCAAGGAGCGCGCGAGGGUUACAGGAAAUGCGAGCAGAAGGAGAUAGAAAGAGGAAGCCGGAGGGGGACCUAGAGAGAAGGUGAGAGUGGGUGUGAGGUUGUUCUCUUCUGGUAAGGAUGGUAAAAGGUAAGCAGCGCGUAUAGCGCGUGCGCUCGCCGGCUAGGUUGUCCGAUACACCUAGUACACGCACACAUACACAUACUGACACAUAUAUACGUAUGGGGUCGUCUAUGCAAGGGAGCUAGGAGACGAAGAGAGCGCGAGAGGUUAACAUCAGAGGGAGGAUCGCAAACUCGAACGAGGAAGCGAGGAAGCGAGAAAGCGAGGAAGUGAGCGGGGCGAGCGUAAGCGAGAUGGGAUAACAGCUGGAAACGUGAAUGGAAAGAGUGGAAUAGAGAUAGCGAGCCGUGACAGUCGAUGGACAAAGAAGCGAGGAUUCGCGAGAUCCUUGCGCGGUAUGAGGUUUGCAUGCCUAGCGGACGGCUCCUCAGUAUCGUCCUACGUUUCGUUCGCGACGCGCACCCUUCAACUUGGUCCUGGUCCGCGCGUCAUCCAACUUGUUUGAUGUACACCGAUUGCUCUGAAGUACCGGUGGUACUAUUGUUGCUCGUACGACUCUGUUCUUCGUUGUUGGCGGACAUCGCCGUAUUUUUUAUUUUCUAUUUUUCAUAUUUCGAUCAGUGAUACGAUUCUAAAAGCGGGAGCGAAAGUAUCAAACAUUUUGUCCCGUGUCACCGGGUGAUGUGUGCCGUUUAUCGUAUCCUCGAGCCGUUUCCGUAGGAAUACGAGCAAAGUGAUUCGCAAGGGUGACAGAAGAGAGAUAUUGGAUGUUACGCACGUACAUACAAUCAUGAACAAGAAUUUAUCGAGAAUGGCAUAUCUCGAAGUAAUCAUAUUUUUAUGUUCAAUGGUCACUUUCAUGGUCAGCAACUGCGAAGCAGAGUCAGAAACUAGUAACAAAAAAGCAAAUCUGCCAGAACUUUCGUCAGAGUUGGAUUUAUCCAGUAUAGAAGCAUCCAUAGAGAACGAGGAAUCGUUGAAAAAAAUAGUGAAAAGGCUGGCAUCUGAGAAGAAUGGCGAGUACCAAAUUUAUCAAGUCUUCUUCGGCAAUGUGGAUCUUCUCAAGGAAUGGCUCAAAGGAGCGGGGGUGACAGGACAGCCAGGAGUGGAUUUUCCAGCUCUCACGACAAUUCCAGCCACUUCAUUCAGCUGUCGCGGUCUGAAAGGUGGUUACUACGCUGACUUGGAGACGAAUUGUCAAGUAUUCCAUAUCUGCGACAACGGGCGAAAAAUCUCAUUUCUUUGUCCGAACGGCACCAUCUUUCAACAAUCGCAGCUAAUUUGCGAUUGGUGGUUCAAGGUGGACUGUAGCAAAUCCGCGGAACUGUACGAGCAAAGUAGCGAGCAGUUAUUUGAAGAAGAACGAAGACGGGCCGAGUCUCGAAAAUCGAAAUUGGACUAUCCACAGUCGAUCGAAUCAGGCGCGCAACAAGACUAUUACGAUGUUCAGAAUCUCAGUUACGAUGGUAAGCAGAACGGAAGGAUUAAACCGUACGAAGAGCCUCCGCAAGAAAAUCAGGUCCAACCAAACAGAGAAAGGAUCAAGUCCUCUCGACACUUUGACUCUGGCAACAAUUUCAGUCAAGAAUCAAACUCACAAAGAGACGGUAACCAGCUGUUUGGUGGCAAUGGAUUUCACUCGAACAAUCAACCUUCCAACUUGAAACAGCAAUUCAAUCAAUUUACAAGAAACACCGACGAAGGGAACGUGAAUAGAUAUUCGACGACCAGUCAAGAUCAUUAUAGCACCCCGAAAAAGGCUCAAAAUUACUACGUUACGAACAGAAACUCGAAUAGUCAACGUGAUGACAAAGGAGCUCUGAAAAGAUUGAAGUUUAAAGGUCUGAAUAGGACUAACUCUACUUCUUCGCAAAGGGCCACGCCAGCUUAUACAGAGUCAACUACAUUCAGAGGAAGUAAUACAAGCCCCGUGAAAGAGUCUCAGCAAUUUGCAGAAAGCGCAGCAUUCGUUGGCAAUCGUGGGAAUCGGUUCAACGAAAACACUGGAAAUACGCACCAGUAUUACUAUCAAUUGUACAUUAAUCGUGAUUCUACUACGAGAAAUUCUAUUUAUGAUUCGACCACGUGGAGACGGGAUAAUGAAAACGACGUAUCCACACAAAGGAACGAUUAUCCGUCGUUUACAGACACGACGUCUACUUAUUAUGAGACAACGACGCAGUAUUCGACGGUCACUGCUACUCCUCCGUGUAACGACGAGAUUACCACCGAAAGUAGUCUUCUAACGAAUCCAUCUACUUAUUCUGAUACUCAACCGAUCACCGAAUCGCUUCUGUUUGCUAAUAGCAACUACGAGUAUCGUGGAAACGCGAAGACUAUAGGAACUAACGUUCGAAGCAGCUUCGUUGACAAGAAUUAUUACGAUGGUAACGAUAAUAGGGAUAAUAAUAGAGCAACUAUCGGGAACACAGGAACAGUUCCUCCUACGACUCGUUCCUACGUGACCACAGAUGUCUAUCGUCAAAACACUAUAACACCGAGUUCUUCGCAGCAGAGAUAUACUACAAGCUACUUUUCUCCCACACCAACUGCAUCUUUUCGUAGCAGCAGUUUUGGACGCAGCACAGAGAGACCAGCGGCUCGAACCACGAUCGAUAGCCAGUCUAAUAGGUUAAACAACGAUUCUAUACCGACCAACAAGAACCCCUCCACGGUAUCUCCAGGCUAUCGACAAAAUUUGAUCAGCACAACCACAGAGAAACCUUUUAGAAGCACUCUGGCUUAUCAACAGAACACCGUGACCGAGAAGGAUCUGAGUCCUUACGAUAGAAGUUUCACGUACAAACAAGGUAAAGUGAUGUCUACACUAGGUCCUUAUAUUCCGUUUACAAGAAACUACGCGUACAGUUCUAGCAGUACCACUUCAAAACCAACUCCAUAUACUCCCACGGUGCCCACUUAUACGACGACUUAUACCUCUCCGAGAACUCUGAUACCAAAACUGAAAUAUCCUACACCGACGUCGUCGAGUAAGAUUAGGUCGAAUGCAGCGCGAUUUUCCGAAAGAGAGCACGCGUUGAGUAUGCUACACUCUUUGAAGAAUCUCGAGCACAGUGUACCUAGUUUGUCGGAGACGUUGAAAGAAAACGAGAGGGCGUCGAACGUUUCCGUCCCUCCAGCUCCUUCGACGUUACACUCUCUGGCUCUCUAUUUCUCUACAGUCACAGAGAAUUUUGAUUCGAACGAAACUACGGAUUCCUCUAUAAAUAUAGAGUCUGCAGAGGAUGUGGAGGAAUCGACACUUUCGAAGAAGAGUAAUGGAACGGUCCAAGUGCCGACUAGUCUUCUAACCAGGCACACUAUCGAUUCGUACACGGAAUUAUUUAAAUUGAACGAAGAGGUGGAGACGAAUAAUGUGACUACGGAAGAUCGUCUGGACAAUUCUAACGGUUACAGAGAGGAUUAUAACGAUGAUUUAGAGCUCCAACAAAGCGGAGGGUCCUUGGAUGAUCUUCGAAAGACUAACAGUACUAGACUUCGAGAGCUGGCUCAAGUGUUCACACACGCUCUGUCCGCCUAUUUAUUGGAUCCAGAAUCGUUUAAGAAGGUACUAACGGAGAUCAGACCGACCGAGCCAUCCAAAACUACGGAAGAAAAUGAUUUAUGGAGCACUACUACUCCCUAUCUGAUCGAAGAUAACACUUCCCCGACCAGAGAAAGAGACGAAGUUCUGGACUUCUCCGACGAUGGUAACGAUGUAAGACAGAAAUUAACUACCAUUUAUCCUACCACCUUUGAACCACCAACCACUACGACCCAAGAGAGCGUUUACGAUACUUUUAGCACAUCAGCAAGCACUUACUACACUACUCCCAAAGUAUUUUCUCAAGACGGGUUUGAGUAUAGUACCAACUUGAUAUCGUUGAGUCCUGUGACUAGCACGUAUUUCGAAACUUCCGUUCCCCCAACAGAGAGCACGUACACUUUAGAGCCAAACAGUACACCGUAUGAUUCGAGCGGAUUCUACAAUCAGAAUAACGAGGUGGACAAAGGAAAUGCCGAAUCAGCGGUGACAAGUGGCUACGUUUCGUCCGAUGACACUGGGAAUCAAAAUCGCGUUGGGGGUUUCCAGAAUAAUAGCGUCACGGCUGUCACGGAAUCACUCGACAAAUUAUUCGCUAGCACUCCCAUAAGCGAUAAUUACGUCGUUUCACCGACACCUCCCUCUCCAUCUGUGUUCGUGCACAUGGUUACCUACAAUUGGAACAAAAAGUCGACUAGUAAGAAACCUGAGCAACAAUUGAAUCCUCCGUUUUUCGACGAACAUCCAGAGACGAUUCGAAAGGAUAAUGAUAAAACUCUCGGGUCGUUGAGGCAUGAAAGUUAUUCUAGCACACCUAUGUCCACGCAUAGCGAAAUUCGAUCGACUACUUUUGAUUCAACCACGAGUUACGAAACCUCUACAAAUCAGCCUCAUAAAAUUCCCCGUCACAAGUCGUUAUUAGCCGAACCGAAACCAAUUGGAAUUUCCCUGCCUACGUUACGAAGCAGUUACAUGAAGUUUAGAAAUCUUUACAAUCGCGUGGACGAGCAUAAUAUCGAGACAACAGAGAAACCUAUAACAACCACAGCUGUUGUUACUGAACUAACAACCUCCACUACAAAUAGCAUAGACACUACGCCUUGCGCAAAUGACGAUUCGAACGAUUCUUUCGAGUCCAUAGAUCAAAGGGAAGAUUCAAAGAUAUUAGACAGUGACCACUGGACUUCGUCUCCAGCUGUUACUCAUUUAUGGGAAACUUCGGUGUUCGUCGACCCUCAGAGAAUUAAUCACGAUUUAGAGUCAGACCUUGGCUCCACUGUUACAACAGGAACGUUUAGCGUCACUGAUAGUCGAGAAAGAGUAGAUUAUGAAAACACGCCUUCUCUGGGUGAAGAUAUAUCGAGUAGUUCAGACGAGUCAUUCAUUAGCGAAGAAGAUGUCCUGUUUUCAUCGCAGAGAUUGUCCAGGGAUAAAGAUUCACCUACGACAUUUUCUCUGCUUCCAACAUCGUUUACUUCGUUAACAGCUGAAAACACCGCAACACCGAAGCCAAUGAUAACCACACGCAGCAGUAUCACAACGACCAUAACGUCUUCUAUCACGUCGACGAAGUCUUUGCCUCAUGACACCCUGGUGACUUCUUUAUUGCCUUAUACAGUUGCGACGACUAAGUUAAAUGGAACAGAGAACGAAAUUGCUGAGAAACUGUUCGGUAAAUUAAACGAUUCGAGUACUAACACGUUGAUGAGGGUGAUGAAACAGGCGGAUAACAACGAGACUGUUCGACAACUUGUUCUACUUUUAAUACGACACUGCAGCGAUCCAGCGAAUAAAACGUUGCAACGUGAAAGGGAAGAAUUGCUAAACGCGUUGCUUAGAUUGCCCGUGAACGAAUUUUCAUCGGAGGAAUCGAAGAACGCGGUGGCCGGAAUUAAUCAGCUUAGUCUGCCUGCUGUUAGGUCGAUUAAUUACGCAAAAAGUGCCUCGACCGCUCCAUUAGUCACGGAUCCACCGGUGACCACAUUUAGGAGUAGAAAGAGCCGCAAGUUUCGAACAACUACGGAAAAUUCGGCGAACAUCGUGAGACGAUCGGAGAAGACCGCGACGUUGGAUGAAAAUAAUUCUUUGCAGGAGAACGAGACUGUUGCGUCGGAUAACAGGGCGCUGGAACUUCUCAGAUCGUUGUACACGAUAGCUACCAAAUGGGGGUGAAAAUUCAAGAGCUGAGAUUUAAGUUGCAAGGAUCGUUUAGCGUUGACAGGCUCUGAAGAUUAGAAAUCCCUUCCGAAACGUGUCUUUUUGAGAAAACAGAAACUACUUUUUCGUAUUACUAUAGUUUGUAUUGAAUGAAUCGAUGAAGUUCAGAUGAAGAACGAUAUGCUAGAGAAUUAUUGAUUGAUUUUAUAGACAGACUAUCAUAAUUCGAUCAAUUAACUUGUAUUAUCUAAUCGUAUAACAAAUCAAUUUUCUUUCUUUGCUAGUGUAAUGUUAUAUGUCGAAUAACUUUUGUUCAGAGAAUUUUUCAAAUUGAUUAGAAAAUUAAAUUGCAUUGAUACGAGAGUGGAAGGUGUCUAUGGGUGAUGGGAAUGCAACACGUACGUAGUUAAUACGACGGAAAUAUCUUUCCUUUCAAUUUUCUAUACGCACGAAACUCUUUACUGUUAAAAAGUUAAGCUUUGUUCAGAUUGGUCAAAUUACAUGAAUUCGAGCAAUUUAAAUUCGUGUAACUUGUUAGCUCUUUACUAGCGUGUAAUUUACUCGAGUUGAAAUAUCCUUAUAAUUUUCUAUGCUUAUCCUCGUCAGCCGACUCGAUUUGAAAUAAUCUGAAGUAUCUAUAUGCUACACGAAUAUAAAAUUCUGAUUAAUCGUUUCCACGGUACUUUAAAUAAAAUCGACUUUAGAUUAUACCUCGGAUUAAAACUUUCGCAUGAAACCAACAAGUAUCUUAAUAUGUAUCAACAAGAUUGUAAUUACUUCCUUUUUAUUCUUAUUUUAUAAUAAAAAUAUCCUACCUAGUGUUAGGUGUUCCCUUGAAAUUAGAUUACUCGAGUUCAAGCGGCUUGAAUUCACGUAACUUGACUAAUGUGAAUGAAGCUUUACGGUGUUAGUGAUCGACGAAACGACUCCCGAUUAAUUUCAUUUGAAUCACGCGUCGCGGGCGAACGAGUCCGCGGGAAUAAUGAAAUUCUUUGGAACUCAUUCGUUAGGUUGUAAAUUAAAAUACAUAUAUACAAUUGCACCUGAUCGUUAACAGUAUUACAUCGCGUACAAGUACACUGUAUUAUAAUCGUUGUACACCCUACGUUGAAUAAAUAAGAAUUUCGAUGUUCUAUAAUAGAUUUAACGAUUUACCUUUAUGAGAAAUACGAACUAUACAUCUAUAUCUGUGCUGAAAUGGUUUCAAUGGUUUGCGAAAUUUUAAAUCAUUAAGGACCAACAUUGCGUCAACGUACUUUCAAUUAUUCUAACGAAUUUAUAUCACAGAAUUCUAUUUUUUAACACAGCAAUUACGAAAGAACAUUCCAAAGACUUGCAAAAUAUUUUCUUUGUAUAGUAUUUCUUCUUCUAUCUAGAUCCUACAUUUUGAUAAAGUUUGAAGAAGUUGAAAUAUUACAUGAUAAUACUAGGAGUUAUCUCCUUUCUAAGUCAUGAAGACUGAUUUCAUCUCUCUAAUUUACACAAUGGACUUUUGUCAAGUAUUUGCACACCUGGCUCAUAGAAAAUUUUUGUGAAUAUAUUAUGUGUUAUAACAAACUUUAUCUUUUAUUAGCAUUAUAAUAAGACACGAUUAUCAUAAUUAUAAUAGUAAAAUAUAUCUUCAAAUGUAUAUAAAAGUUACAGGAUUUUUAUUGCAAAUACGUGUUUACUAAAAAAAUUAGCAUACAGUAUGAUUAGUUGCCUAAAACAUAUAAUUAGUACUAAAAAUAUUUGCUACAAAUAUCUUGUAACUUGUAUGCAAAUUUUCAGACUUGUUUCAAACUUCAUCAAUGUGAUCAGGAUAGCUGUAUCACAUCGCCUAUACUUCAUAUACGACUUUUCACAUAACGCACAUGAUACAUUCAGAAAAAGUUUUUAUAAAUAUUCAAACAUCUUCACACGCCAUUGUACCUUGAUAAAACAAUCUUUAUUUAUGCUUUGUAAUAAUCCUACAUUUCGCUUGGUCCUUAAUGUAUUAAUCACUUGGAGGAAAAUGUGGAAACUUAUAUCGUAAACUUAGAUUACAUGGAAUCGCUUUGAAUCUUGGUGCUGGUGUAUUUCUUUGCAUCUGGAUAUCUUAAAGAGUAACGACCUUAAAGAUACGAGGCCCUUGUUAGACGUAUUUAACCGUUCACAGUAUUCGUCCAAAAUAUUUUUAUUUCGUUCAGAAAACAUUUUUUGUUUCUUUACAUUUUUUACAAAAAACAUAUAAUUAAUACAUCUUACGUUUAUCUGCCAUCAACGGUUUCUACUUUAUUCCAAGAUCGCCUACACUCGGUUUUAAUAACUAUACUUCGCUUUGAAGAGUAUUCAAAUCGACGCUUAUCACAUAAUUACCGGCCAAUAAUCCGAGCUGGUCUGGUAGAUAUUAUCGACAUUGUGUAAAAUAACAUUUGUACAGAAUGUGAAUAAAUAAAAGAGGGUUUUGUUAAUGUUUACCCCCUAUCGUUCUUUCCUUCUCGAUGACACACAUUGGAUAUGCUAGAAAUUUAGCGGUUCGGACACUUAAUUAAAGUUCAUCUUUGAGGCUUGAAAAUAUAAUUGAUAAAUUUCUCUACCAGACAGAGGUAUGAUUCAAGGUAAGCAAUAUUUGAAUUAUUUUCAAUAAUUUAAUAUUACGAUAUUGAUUUAAGUUAUCCGUAAAAUUAGCUUCAAAAUCAAGUUCAAAGACGAUUUUGAUAACAUGAGAUUAAUUUACGACUUUAAAACUGUUUGCUUAAGAAAUGGGAAACGUAACUUAGCUCGUGUUCUUGCCCUGCAGUCUUUAAAUACCAACUUUUCUAUUAAAAAGUUUCGAUAUUUUGUAGACUAUUUAGUUACUAAAUUUCGUUUACGAAUCAUUAUACAUUAAUUUAUUAACCCUGCUGCGGCCCUUUAAUUUUCCACCUAUGAAUCUCGCUGUACUUUCAAUCCGAAAAGAGGAAUUUUAAUGUUUUGAAGAAAUCUUUAAUGUAAGUGCAAAUGUUA